AUGGACUCCUUCAAGCUUGCGUGCGCUGCGGCGGUCGCUGCUCAGGCAGGCCAGGGCAUCUCGGCCAGCGACGUGCAGGUGACCGUGUACGAGGGCUCCGUGAUCGUGUCGGCCCUGAUUACGGUGCCCGACGGCGCCUCCGCGGGCGCCGUCACCGAGAACCUGGGCGCCUUCGAGUCCCUCGCCAGCGCGGUGGUGCUCGGACUGCAGGCCGUGCCCGGCAUCGCGAGCGCCCAGACGGGCGUGGUCGGCGUCGUCCAGACCACCACCACCACGCACGUCAGGACCUUCCUCCCGGAGCGGGCGGGCGAGGAGGACCUCGCGCUCUGGGGCUCCUUCGCCUACGUGCUGGCGGGGUGCCUGGGGCUCAUCUGCGUGGGCGGCGCGUGCGGAGGCGCCGUCGCGCGGGCUGCCCGGAAGGAGCACGCGAGGACCACGCCCGUGGAGUUCGUGCAGGUCACGCCGCUCGUGCCCGCGGGCGCUCCCGCGGCCUCCGCCGCUCCGGCUGCGCCGCCUCCUCCCCGACAGGACUUCUGGGCGCACGGCUUUGCGCCUCGCCUGAGCCUGGCGCCUCGCCUGAGCCUGGCGAACCGGCUCAGCCUCGCGUCUCGGCGGAGCUUCGGCCGGCGGGCCUCCUCCUCGGCCCCCGGCCUCGGCGGCGCGCCGCGGAGGAGGACGACGUCGGGCGCCCUGGCGUCCCAUGGCGCGGCCGCGCCGGGAGAGUGCACGCCCGUGGAGAUCCUCCAGGUCUCACCCAGGGACACCGAGAGCACCG